UGAUAUUUAAAUUCAUCUGAUUUUCUUCACUUUGAGCAACAAACAAUGGGAGAGAUAAUGAACGUUGACUUUGUAAACUGUUUGAUCUUAAUCCUCCUCUGCCUCCUUUCAAUCCUCUGUUACUCUUUCUUCUUCAAGAAACCAAAGGAUGGUUUCAAUUUGCCACCGAGCCCUCCCUCUCUACCGAUCAUUGGCCAUCUUCAUCAUCUCCUCUCUCUUUUUAUGCACAGAUCUUUGCAAAAACUCUCCUCCAAGUAUGGACCUCUCCUCUAUCUUCACGUCUUCAAUGUUCCCAUACUCCUUGUCUCCUCUCCCUCAAUAGCCUAUGAGAUCUUUAGGGCACAAGACGUAAACGUUUCCACUCGCGACUUCCCUACGAAUGAGGGGUCUCUCUUCCUCGGAUCAUUUAGCUUCAUUACCGCACCUUACGGAGAAUACUGGAAGUUCAUGAAGAAGCUCAUCGUCACAAAGCUCCUCGGGCCUCAAGCACUCGAGAGGUCACAACGCAUCCGUGCAAAUGAAGUAGAGAGGUUUUACUCAAACCUAUUAGAUAAGGCGAUGAAGAAAGAAAGUGUUGAGAUUGCUGAUGAAGCUAUGAAGCUAGUCAACAACAUAAUCUGCAAGAUGAUUAUGGGGAGGACCUGUUCAGAAGAAAAUGGUGAAGCAGAGAGAAUUAGAGGCUUGGUGACCAAGUCAGAUGCCUUGUUGAAGAAGUUUUUGCUGGCGGCCAUCUUGCGGAAACCACUUAAGAAGAUUGGGAUCACACUGUUUAAAAAGGUGUUCAUGGAUAUUUCUCUCAAGUUUGACGAGGUGUUAGAGAAGAUUCUUGUGGAAAACGAAGAGAGACUUGAGGAGAAUCAACAAGGUACUGACAUAAUGGAUAAGCUCUUAGAAGUUUAUGGAGACAAAACUUCCGAGUAUAAGAUCACUAGAGACCAUAUCAAGUCCUUGUUUGUGGAUCUUUUCUUUGCAGGUACUGACACCGCAACACACACUAUAGAGUGGACCAUGGCCGAGAUCAUGAACAACUCUUUGAUUCUUGAGAGAUUGAGAGAAGAAAUUGAUUCUGUUGUAGGGAAAACAAGGUUGAUUCAAGAAACUGAUCUACCGAAUCUCCUUUACUUGCAAGCAACUGUCAAAGAAGGGCUAAGAUUGCACCCUACGAUCCCUCUUGUGUUGAGGACGUUUCAAGACGGGUGUACGAUCGGAGGCUUUUCUAUACCUAAGAAGACAAAACUUGUUGUUAAUGGUUAUGCUAUAAUGAGAGAUCCUGAUAACUGGGAAGAUCCACUGGAGUUUAAACCAGAGAGGUUUCUAGCUUCUUCAAGAUCAAGCCAAAAAGACGCAAUAAAAGAAGAAGUUCUAAAAUAUCUUUCAUUCGGAAGCGGAAGGAGAGGAUGUCCUGGAGUGAAUCUAGCUUAUGUGUCUGUAGAAACCGCUAUUGGAGUGAUGGUGCAAUGCUUUGAUUGGAAGAUCGACGGACAUAAGAUCAACAUGAAUGAGGUUGCUGGUAAAGGAACGUUGAGCAUGGCUCAUCCUCUUAAGUGCACUCUUGUUCCUCGAAGUGUAACCCCAUUAACUUCAAAGUAGGCAAUCUACUUCUUGACUUUGUGUUGUUUUUUCUUAAUCUCAUCGUUUCACAUCUUCACCAGUUUAUUGGUUACCUUUGGUUUAGGUCAAUUUGGCCUUAUGUCCACUUUAAUAUUGUAUGAAACUUAAACCUUUUGUAUGGUUCAUAAUUUUAUUUUCUUAAGAAUAACGAAAAUGAAAAAUGCUUG